AUGGGCGCGGGACGGGACGGGGACCAGGGCGCGGAGCGGGGCGCGGAACGGGACGCGCCGCCUCCGUCCCCGCCCCGCCCCGCCGCGGGAUGGCGGCUUCCCGCGGUGCCGUCCGACCGCAACUACGGGACCGCGCGCACAAACUUUGCCAGGGCGCGAGGCUGGGUCCCGGCCCCCAGGGCCGCCGGGGCGGCGGCCGGCGCGGGCCGUACCUGCUGGCACCGCCGCCGGCUGGAGCCCGUUCGCCCGCGCCAGGCCAGCUCGGCGCGCCGCCGCCACCCCCGCGCGCAGCGCGCCCGGGCCCUCCCCUUGCCGCCGCGCUUCCUCAUUCCAGCGCCGCAUCGCUCAGCGGCUCCGCGCGGCAGGUGGCGGCCGGCUCUCUGCGCCCCGGACCGGGUGGCGGGAUCCGCCGCGGCGCCGCGGGGCCCGCGCUUAACCCUUGGGGGCCCGGCGCGGCCGGCGCGUGCGGGGCAGCUGGAGGCGGGAGCCGAGCUGCCGGGGCCGCUCGCCCUGGCGCGGGGACCCUCAGGACGCGGGACAUCGUGA